AUGCAGUGGGAGCAGGAGGUGAGUGACCGCCACGCGGAGCUGCAGGCCUUGCAGAGCAAGCGGCAGCGCAUCCUGGACUUCCGCCACCUGGUCCAGGCCUUCGUGCAGAGGAAGCUGCUGGGCCCGGAGCAGGACGUGAUGCUGGAGUCUCAGCGGCUGCAUGGGGGGGUGGAGCGUGAGGGGCUGAUCCUUGGCGUCCCUGACCCAGUCAUCCCCCAUCUCCAGGUCCCAGCCCAUGAGCUCUCCAUCCAUAGGCUGGACUGGACGGCGCUCGCCCAGCACCGGGCCUUCCUCACUGUGUGCCAGGCUUCCGGCUUCCCUCUCUACAAGGCCCUGGAGCACCCCCUGCCCCACAUGGCUGAGCUGAAGAAGGAGCUGCUGGCCCUGUGUGCCCAGCUGGGCUACAAGAACUGGGCACUGGCCAGCCUGCAACAGCACCAGGGCUCCCCGGGGACCAAUGCGCAAGCCCUGGUGCAGGCCCUGCAGGACCACGACCGGGAGCAGGCCGGAGCCCUGGGGCUGCAGAUCCAGCUGGUGACGGAGCAGUGCAGGCAACUCGUUGAGCGCUGGCCCGAGGUGCAGGCCGCUAUCAACGCCUGGUGGGAGCAGGUGGGGCAGUUUGUCCUGCCUGCGGAGCACCGUCUGGGCUGGAGCUCUGGACCCUGGCCCUCAGGACCCUCCUGCAGCAGCAGCACAGCUGGGCCUGAUGGCCCCAUCCUGCCUGGGAGGGGCUGGGGAGCCCCGCCCCCAAAGGGGUGCAGUUGUAGGUAGCCAUACCCCUGUUAGGGAAAGAGUGUGGGUGGGACAUGCCUAUAUGGGGUGGAGAUUUGGGGGGCUUAGCCCAGUCCAGUCCAGCUGUCUCCUCUUGUGCAAAGUGGGGAGGGUCAGUGUUAAAGGGGGUGACCAGAUGCUGGUCAUGGGAGCGGAGGUGGGAGAGCGGGAGUCAGGUGGGGGGGGAUCCCAGAUGGGUUUUAUGGCGUUCUGUAAUUCACAUUGUUCUGAAUAAACUGACUCACAUUCAGGCCCAUGGCAGGGACUGGGACAUGGGGCCUUUCCCCUCUGGGAUGCGCCAGCUCUGAUCUCCCCCAGGGCAGGGACUGGCUGGCUCAGGUGGGCAGGGAAUGGGGCACGGGACCUUUCCCCUCUGGGCCCCAGCUCUGAUUGGGCCCCAGGGCAGGGACUGGCUGGCUCAGGUGCGUGGGGAAUGGUCCCCUGCUAGGAGGCACCAGCUCUGUCUGGCUGCUCCAGGCUGACUGGGCCUGUGGUUCUGCCUGGACCAUCCUGAUGUCCUUUGUGCCCUGCCCAAGGGGCUAGUAAACACGGCCUUGUCCCGAGUGCCUGAGCCCAAGGCUUUAUUCCUGUGCUGAGGUAGCAACAGCCUCUUAAAUGUUUUAUGAAACAAUGCUAGAGUAGAAGUAAUAAGAGUAGCCACCAUCUGGGUAAAGCCCCACCAGAAAAAGCAAAGACAAACUGACAAACUAGGGGAGGGAUAGCUCAGUGG